CUCUGUUUGCUAAGCCGUAAGGGAAUGGCGAUGUUAUGCUAAAUGUAAACAUAUUGAUUAGUUACAAUAUUUUUAUUGCAAGACAAGGUUGAUCUAUGCUACAAAAUGGACCAAGAGACUGCAAAGAAACUUCUUAUAGAAGCUGGCACGUUUGUAUUUCUUGGUGUUCCACAGGAGACCCAAUUUGGGAUCGAUAUGCAAUGUUGGAAUACUGAUGAAGACUUUCGUGGAAUUAAAAUGAUACCACCUGGAUUGCAUUACAUCCACUAUUCCGGCGUUAGCAAAGGCACGGGCGAUGUCUCCCCGAGGUCUGGAUUCAUGCAUUAUUUCCAAAAGAAAGAAUUUCUAGUAAAGCUGUGGGACAAGAAUCUUGAAGACAUGAGUAAAGAUGAGGUCACAGAUGAAAGUAUUCAGCGCUUGAAAGAUAACUUGCUAACAUUGGAUAGACAUUUAGGCCCUUAUCCUUAUGAUAUUUGGCAAAAGUGGAAACUACUAUCUUCUCAGAUUACAGAGGACUUGGUAAACAGAUUUUCACCGGAGAGUGGUCUGAUUAGAGCAUCUGUGGAAUUACUAUCAACUCCCGAUAAAGACAGACCAAGAGGAGUAAAAACGUCAAUAGAUACUGAAGAUAAGAAUCAGGAAACUCCAGGGCAAUCAGAUGCAAAACGUGCCAAACGCAUCACAGCUGCUGAGAAGGAAGCCUCAAUGUUGCCAAAUUUACAACCAGUGCCAGGAGCAUCGUUAAGAUUCACUGAGAUACCACAUGACAAGUUUCCACCAGGUUCGACUCCGGAAGAAAUCACCAAACACUACCUUGACCAGUCAUACACACUUGAACUAAUGAUUGCACAACAUGUUGAACCGCUUCACAUAAUAGGUGAACUCCAAUUCGCAUAUCUAUGCUUCCUUAUCGGUCACUCCUUGGAAGCAUUUGAACAUUGGAAGAAUUUAGUGAUACUUUUUUGCUCCUGCGAUGAGGCAAUACACAAAUACCGUUCAGUGUUCUUCCAUUUCAUUCGCACAGUUGAAGUGCAAAUUGAAGAAAUGCCGGAGGAUUUUCUAGCAGAUAUUGUCAUGAACAAAAAUCUUGUUUACAAGAAACUUCGGGAGUUUUUUAAAACAGCCUAUGUGAGCAAAGUUGAUGGCCGACUCUUGACAAUGAUUGAGAGGUUUAAAGACAACUUAACGGACAAAUUACAAUGGGAUUUUACAGGAUUGGACAAAGAUGAGGAAGAUGAGAGGCCGGUGAUAGUCAAAAUUGAUGAACCAAUAGAUGAUUAGAUUUCCAAUUAAAUAUUGAACACCAACUAACUCAUUUAAGGCGAGAGUGUUGCUAUAUAUAGUAUGCUAUAUAUAGACGCAUUAUGAACUGAGGCUUCGGGUCAUAUAUCAUAUUAACUGUCUGCCUCGCACUUACAGGCCUUAUGGAGAGGUGUAGUGAUGUGCGUAAGAAUUGUACAGGUGCAUAUCGAUAACA